AUGCCGUGCCCCCGACGAAUUAUGCAAAGCCGCCGCAACUGGUUUAUCUCUGAGAUUGAAUCGAGUGUCCAGUUCCUGACUCUUGGUCCGUUGCCGCCCAUGCAUCCGGCAUCCCUGGGAUCGACUUUUCAUUUUUUCUUUUCCUCUCCCAGCCCACUUUCUUCGCGGCUACGGGAAGGCUUCCGCUGGUUUGAUUUCCCAGGCGGGGAGUACUGGGCUGGCCCGUCUGUUUUCCCAAUUCAAGCCUUGCUGCAUUUAUCCCACUGGCAUGGGAAAUUAUGGAAAGAAAUAGUUGGAUGGCAUCCGACGUGCGCUUUGGCGCGCAAUCAACCGCCGUCUGGAGUCAGUGUGUCACCAGAAGACGGUGUCGGUCCACGGGCGCAUGUAUCGCAGGCAUCACCAUGUCUGCGUUAG